AUGAAUCAAUAUCCUACAUCAGGUGUGCAUCAGCCACAUUCUCAACAACAUCCACUACCACCAGAAGCUGGAGGACUUUCAACAGCUCAUUAUCGUGGUGUUCCACCUCCUCAGGAACAAUCAACACACCAUCUACCCACAGCGCUGUCACACCAAACUUACUACCCAAACAUUCGCACGCCUGCCAUGCCGCCUCACGGUACGGCUGGUUCACUCCCCGCCAUGAGGGACCACGCCCCUGAUCUAGGUCAGAGAGAGACCGGAAACGGCGCUCCCACUCUGAAGAGCGACCCAGACAGUGAUCGUCCGCCCCAGCACCCCUCCCCGCCCUCUAUCUCAAGAUCAGAUGAGACUAGAACGUAUAAAUUAGUGUGCGAGCAACAACCACAGCGUGCAAGAAUGUGCGGUUUUGGCGAUAAGGACAGAAGGCCUAUCACGCCGCCGCCCUGCAUUCGACUUGUCGUCAUGAAUAUCAAAACGGGCCAGGAAGUGGGAAUGAAUGAGAUUGAGCACCAGAUGUAUAUACUUCAUGUGGAUCUGUGGAAUGCCGAGGGCACCAAGGAGGUCAACCUUGUCAAGCAUUCCCAAAACUCUCCUUCCAUCUCGUCAACCACGUGCGCUUCUUUUAGAGAAAUUGAGAAUGGCGUUGGCCAAUUCCCUCAGCAAUUUCCAGUCCACAUGCCACCUACUCAACAGGCAGGUCCAUAUGCUGGCCAUCCCCCACCGCAUGGUAUAUCCUAUCAGCCGCAGGUGGCCGGCUACGCUCAGCCAGGACAGUAUGGUGGCUACAAUAACCAGCCAGCCGAUUACAACAACUACGACUUUCGGCCUCAGGUACCGAACAACAUGCCACACCUACCAACGCAACACAAUUAUGCCGGCCGAUACCCACAAGAUAUGACCAACCAACGUAAUAACUCCUUGGCCGCUUCUCAGCAACCCAAUGGGAUGUACACUCGUAAUCUUAUUGGGAGUUUAGUUUCUAGUGCAGCCCGACUUGAAGACCCAGACAAUAAGAUAGGGAUUUGGUUUGUGUUGCAGGAUCUCAGCGUAAGGACCGAAGGAUGGUUUCGAUUACGCUUCUCGUUUGUACCUGUUGGCCUCCCAAACACCAACGGUGAUCCGCAAACUAGUGAUCCUCAGCAACCCAACAGAGGGCCCGUACCAGUCCUCGCGCUCUGUUUUAGCGACCCUUUCCAAGUGUACUCGGCCAAGAAAUUUCCUGGCGUAUGUGAAAGCACCCCGCUGAGCAAAUGCUUUGCGCAUCAAGGCAUCAAAAUUCCCAUUAGGAAGGAAGGACAAGAUGGUAAAGGCAAGAGCAAAGAUGAUGACGAUUUCGACAAUGAUCAGUAA